CCCCUGUGACGUUGACCGGAUCACAUCACCGCCUGCUAAUCGGUAUAAAUACAGAGCGACAAGCUGAGUCGCCCUCGUCGGCCACCUGCAAGUGCUUGUUGCCUCUUCUGAUCACACCAUGAGGGUUUUUGUCGUAAUCGUCACCCUAGCAGUCAUCUCAGGCUGCCAGGCCAAGAGUUUCGUCCGGGAUAACUCGGAGAUGACCUGGGAGGACUACUUUAAAAACUAUUUCACAUUGUUGAAUACAAAGGCUGAUGAGCUCGUGAGGGACAUUAAGAGCUCCCAGAUCAGCAGAGAACUGGACACCUUGAUCCAAGACAGCAUGGCUGAGCUGGGCACGUACAGGACCGACCUGGAGGAGAAGCUGGGUCCGUACACCUGGGAAGUCGCAGAGCGUAUGGGCAAAGAUCUGCAGGGACUGGUGGAGCGGUUCCGUAAGCACAUGAGCGAGGCCAGGGAGCAGAUGGAGAACUACAGACAGGAGCUGCUGACCGUGGUGGAGCAGAACUCCGAUGAUGUCGGACUCAGGGUCACCGCAUACACCCGCAAGAUGAAGAAACGCCUCAACAAGGACGCCAUGGAGAUCAAAAAGCAAGUUGCCACCUAUUUGGAGAAACUCCAGUCCCACACCUCAGACAACAUUGCAGACUUGAGGGGGCAUCUGGAUCCUUAUUUUGCUCAGGUGCGAGACAACGCCCAGGCGAAGAUCACCACCCUGAAUGACCUGCUGAAGUCCCAAGUGGAGAGCAUGAAGGACACCAUUCAGAACGCAGCGGAGGACAUCACCAAAAGCUAUGAAAAGACAUCGAAGGACCUGUACUCCACCCUGCAGGAGAAGAUGGAGGAGCUUAGCAGCUGGUUUCAGCCUUUUGUCUCCAUGUUCACUGGCAAUAUGUAAACCACUAGUCUGAAUGAUCUGUCUGACUACCACUCUACAGAUGUAAAAUGGCGAUGAUGGGGUUUACUAAUAAAGAUACU